CUGAACUGGACCCAGACUUGAGAGUGGACCUGUCAUGACUGCAAGGAUCCAGGGAGCGACGGGCUGGGACAAACCAGAGCCAAAGAGCCCAGCAACAGAGAUGAUGGUGAGGGUCAGGAGAGCCCUGUGGCUGGUACUGGGCAUGCUCAGUCUCUCCCUGCUGUUGGUGGUGCUGGGAGUCUACACAACGACUCAAACAGAGAGCCUGAAUGUGACUGGCUACACCUCUGGAGUUAUUCUCACCCUUGGAUCAUUCCUGGGACUUUUGGGACUCCUCCUGGAAGAAAACCGCAAACAGCUGCUGACGGCUGCGAUCGUAUUCCUCAGUUUCGGGAUCAUCACCUCUUUUCUGUGCCUGGUGAUCGAUGGCGUCUGUAUUGUCCUAACCAUGGACAUGCGUCCACUGAAAGCACAGAGAUGCCAGUAUUACAGCAGCGGAGGCAGCUACAUCUAUGAGAACUUCUACACCUCUGUGUCGUGUUGGAGUCCGAAGGAGUCUUGUAACAUGACAGUAAGAAGUGGGACCUGCUACUGCUGCGACCUGUACGACUGCGCCAACGGAGGCUACCUCAGCAACUACUACGAGUUUGUUGGAGUACAAAGCUGCGAGGAAGUUUUCACUCUGUACAUUUUAAUUUGGACCCUCGCCGGAUUGAACCUCGUGGCCUUCUUCAUAGGCAUCCUCACUACAGCGGUGCUGGGCAGCAUCAAAGACCUGAGGAGUAUCAGCCCAGUGAUCGAUCCCUCUGAGAGCACAGCAUCUUCUCCGACAGCUCCUCUGCUGACAGACGCCAACACACACAUAGUUCACCAGCUCCACCCGGGAGCCACGAUGUAUUUCCCUCCAGCAGAAGGGACAGCUGCCUCACAGAGUUUCCCUUCAUCGUCGACUCCUCACACCGAGUCCAACCCUCCUCCCUUCGCCCCCCUGACCAGCCUGUCGCCUUACAGGGUCCACAGCAACUCUGUCUGAGCAUCACCAAACAUCACCAUAACAUGAAUGCGGAAAGGGAUAAACAGAUGUUUUGUUAUCCUUGUUGAUGUUGUUGAGGACUGGAGGAACAGUAAAAGAAACAUCUGUUGGUCUGAAUGCAGAUUUUGUUUUCCAAAAGUCCAAAGAUGGACGUUUCAUUUGUUUGCAAAUAUUAUAACAUAUCUUAAUGCAUUUUGCUCAAAAACAUAAAUAUCUUAAGUUGUUUGUGUGUAUAUGAAAUGUUAUAUAAUAUAAAUGUGUCGACUGCAUAAGAGGUUGUACAUCCUAUAACUCAAACUUUAACUUUCGCAAACAUCAUUUAAACCAUUUACAAGAAUGUAAACCUCGUGAACAUAAAUUAAAUGUAUCAUUUAAAGUAUAUUUAAAUUAGCAUAGCACUCAGUGGCUGACUGUGCUGCCACUAAACUGAA